AGAGGCUGCGCGGAGUCGGAGGAGCUGCUGGGGACGGAGUGCUCCUGGAGGCCCAGAAUCCGGCUUCCGGCUUCCCACUUCUCUGCUCUUUAAACAGGGAGGUGAAAAAGGAAGUAUUUGUUAAACCUGCUUCCGCAGUACACGCUCUGAGCACCCGCGCCUCACAGCCCCGCGCCGGCCAGAGCGAAAGCGGCGAGGUACAGACACUCAUAGGCCACGGUCGUCCCGGAGCACUCGAGCGGAACCUAGAGCCCGCGGUCUAAGUUCCUGGCCGAGCCUGAAACACGGCGAGCCAGUUCUUGGGCGCAUGCUCGCUGCAUUCUACGGCCCUCACCCGGCGCAGGCACAGGAGCGGCCCACAGCACGAUCCUCCCAGCUCCAGGUUCCCCCGCCCCCGCGGCUUCAGAGAUUGUUGAACGGUGUCGGCCCCCAGUCUUGUCGACUUCGCGCCUCCCCCGCGACUCAGAGGCAGAGUGACCUUGGCCGUAGUACAAACCGACCUAGGAACCAGAUGAGCAGAGACAUCUGCGUCCACACCUGGCCAUGCUCCUAUUAUUUAGAACUUGAGAAGCAAUGGGUCCCUGGAAAACUUUCAUUAACUUCUCUCUCACUAAAAUUUAUGACUGAUAAAACUAGAGAAAUUCUUGUCAACUUUCCUCUUUCUAGUAUAAUUGAGAUCAAGAAAGAAGCUUCUUAUUUUAUCUUCAGUUCUAUUACCAUCCUGGAAAAGGACCACAACAAGCACUGGUUCAGUUCCUUGCAGCCUAGUCGAAAUGUCGUUUUCAGCAUCAUCGAGCAUUUCUGGAGAGAGAUGCUGUUGUCCCAGUCAGGAGCUGCUGUUGAGGAAUCAUCCACCCCCAUGACCAAGGGGAAGGAGUUGACUGGUCUGAUGGCCUGUACCCAGAAGCGUCUGGAAGACACAGCCAGAGUCCUUCACCAUCAGGGCGAGCAGCUUGACAGUAUCUCGAGAGGCCUGGACAAGAUGGAAUCUGACCUGGAUGUGGCUGACAGGCUGCUGACAGAACUGGAGUCUCCUUCUUGGUGGCCCUUUAGCUUCAAGCUUUGGAAGAUGCCAUCAGAAACAAAGCCCAAGUGGGACGCCUCAAUGGCUAGUUCCAAAGCUUUUGGAAAAGAAGGGAUAGUGAUCAAAAUUCCUGCUGUUAUUUCCCAAAAAACAGAAUCUCAUGUUAAACCAGGAAGGCUCACCGUCUUUGUUUCUGGGUUGGAAAUCCACAACUCAGAUUCUUUGCUCAUGCACAGAUUUGAAAGAGAAGAAGUAGAUGACAUCAAGGUUCAUACACCUUAUGAAAUUAGCAUCCGCCAGCGGUUCAUUGGGAAGCCAGAUAUAGCUUAUCGUUUGAUAUCUGCCAAGAUGCCAGAGGUUAUCCCCAUUUUGGAAGUGCAGUUCAGCAAGAAGAUCGAGUUUUUAGAAGAUGCCUUGAUGCUCAGAAGCACUAGAACCUCUCCCCUAGCAGAGAAGGGCUACUCAGUCUGGCAUGCAGCAUCUGGGCUUUUGGACCGAGCCAUGCACUGUGAGCCCUCCUCAGGGAACCAGGAAGGGAGGCCACUUCAGCUACAGAUGAGCGAACCGUUAAUUUCCGAGGGGGACAGCCAGGAACUGAGACAGAUCCUGAGGAAACUAAAAGAUCUCGCGUUGGAUGCCGAAUCAGAGCUGGAGAGACAGGAUGAGGCCUUGGAUGGCAUCACUGCAGCUGUGGACCGGACAACCUUAACCAUUGACAAGCAUAAUCGACGAGUGAAAAAACUGACCUAGAAGGACAAGAAAGCAUAGAGGUGACUGCUUUUGUUGAGAAUCACUUCUCUGAGUACGUUGUUCUCAACUCCUGCAUGCUUCCUUUGAGAUGAAGACCCCAGGAAGUCAUUCCAAGCGCCCUGCCCCAGGAGGUGCACAGCUGCCUCAGGGUGAAGGGCUGGUGUUGACAGCUGUGAGCAGCUUAGCUUGGGGUGAUUGUGGCUUCCACCAAGGGAUUCCCUUGCAGGGAGCUGAAAGUGCAGCUGAAGGAGAGGAGUUCUGCCUGCAAAUACAGCGAGCCACUUCCUCCCAAGGCCCUCUCGGGCUGCUUGUGGAGUCAGGAGCACACACGCAUUCAAACAUGGGCUGAGCCCUAUUGAGGUGGCCACGACAGCAAGGUGGCUCUUCAUUCUGAGGGUGGGCUGCACCCAGCACUCAGGGACCACUUUGCUUGGCCACAAUCCCAGGUCUCCAGUGGCACAAUUAGCUGCAUUUUCAUCCUUUUUCCAUUCUUGAUAAGCAUAAAAAGGUUGGUUUAAGUCUCUGUGAAAGAAAUCUACUUAUUUCUAACCCUCUGCCUAUCUGAACACUCUAGGCAUAUCCUAUGUCAGCAAAAUCUCUUCUCCAGGAUCACAUUCAGGUCUGAGCCUGCCUCUCCUACAUGGGCUGCUCAGCACAGACCCCACUGCCUUCACUUUGUUCCUAUUUUCUUUGGUGAACAGGUCAGUUUCUUUUUGGUUGUAUUAUAAUUUCGAACCAAAGCUGAGUCUAGUAUACCUCAAGGUCAUCCUAUAAGCACCUGAAAUAUUUUCACUGCUCAGUUUUUAGUCAAACAUGAAAAUAGUACAUACUGCACCUAUUUUAAAAAGUGUUAAUUUUUGCUUUUUUGCCCCAUUUCUACCCGGAAACAAAAGAGAAAUGCUAGCUUUAGAAUAUUUUUUGAAGCUAUGCAUUGAUGCUGCUUUUUGCUUGGUUUUGGGUAUCUUAGUGUGUCCCUGGGAGAGCCCCUCAUGGGGAGACAAGAGGAAAGUAGAGAAGUGGGUGACCUCCCCCGAUUCUCACAACAAGCCACCUCCAGACUGCUUUGAAAUAGCAUCCCAAAGAACCUUGCACAGAGAGGCUCAUUUAGACCUUGUAGAGAUGUUACUUUGAAGCACCUUUCCUACAGCCCUCCUGGGAUGGCGCUCGCAAGCCCUGUGCUGCCUUGCUGCACCACUCCACUUGCAUACUAAGUCCUGGAUCGUUUUAAGAAUUAAUUCACAGAUGCAGUGUAAGUUUCCUGGGGCUGCCCCAACAAAGUACCACGAACAAGAGGCUUACAACAAUAGGAAUGCACUUCCGGAGGCCAGAAGUCCAGGAUCGAGGUGUAGGCAGGCUGUGCUCCUUCUGGAGAUUCUAGGAGAGGAUCAUUCCUGCCACUUCUAGUUGCUGGUACCUCUAUGUAUCCCUGAGCUUAUGGCCACAUCACCCCAAUCUCUGCCUCCAUCGUCAUGUGGCCAUCUUCCUGUGUUUCUGUGUCUCAAAUCUCCCUCUCCUCUCUCUUAUAAGGAUCCAUCCUAAUCCAAGGUCAUCUUAUCUUGAGAUCCUUACCUUGAUGACAUCUACAGAGACCCCAUUUCCAGAUAAGGUCACAUUCAGAGGUUCCCAGUGAGUAUGAAUUUUGGGUCACCUAGGGAUGCCCAGCCUUGUCAUAGCUGACCCAUUCCAAAAAGACAUGGAAAGUAGCACUUUUAGAAAGUAAUGUUCAUAGGGGUCUUUCAGUUCUUUCCUGUUUUGCAGUUUGGUAUAUUAUAUUCCUAGUCUCUGUUUGUCUUACUUGGUUCGUACUUACUAACCUCCAAAAUGACAGGUGGAUCUGUUCUGUCAAGGUUUCUCACUCUAAUGCAGCAUGUGAGCAGUUUGCUCUUGACCUUUCCUGGCACAUCAAGUGAUGGAGCUCUUGGAGCUCAUGGUCAUUCCAGGGGGUCUGAGCCCCAUGCAGCCCCUUCUAGUGCUUGAUGACAGGGAGGUCGGGGAGGACACGGCAGGUGUGAAGAUGUGUCAACAAGGACAGUUAUUGAGAGCUCAUGCCUAGAGGCAGCGGCAGCUGGAUCACAUCCCUAGGGAACUUGGAGGAAUGCUGGAGGAAAGGCAGCUCGUGCCCUGGGCACAGGGCAAGUGCAGGUGGGCAGGCUGCGCCCAAAUACUGUAGCUUCUCACAGCAGCCCAUGAAGAGUGAGUUCCCCUGAGGUAGAGUAUGUGGUUCUCACCGUGGCCACACACUGGGUUCAUGCCAGGAACUCAGAAGAUACAAACACACGCACACACGCGUGCACUGACCCCAGACCCCUCAGUCAGAAUCUCUGAGGGUAUAUACAUUACCCAGAUGUUUCUAAUGAGCAGAAGGGGAAGAUCCACAGGCCAGGUGACUUACUGCCACUAGACCUGCUCUCUCUCUACAUCUAGCUCUAGAGAGCCCUGAACAGCUGAAAUGAAAACGAAUCUGUCCCACUCAUGAUGCUCUUCUGAAUCCAGGUGGGCACUGCUCAAGAGUUCCCAGUGCAGCCUCCAGCAGCCAGCCAGCCUCUGCUUGUCCUGAAAACAGAUACCACCCAGCACUCAUGUGGCAUCAGGGCUAUACACACCUCGGCUGCUAACAGGCCUCUGGAAAGCAGGGGGCCAGGACUCUUGGUGAUCCCUCGCCAGGAGCAAGCCCUGGGCUCUCUGGGCCUCAUGCUCUCCUAAUCCAUCACCUAGGGAUGCAUAAAGCCCAGACACUCUGGGCAUGAAGGUGUGUGGUACAGAAGACAUUGUACUGUUAGAGGAUUAUUCUCCAGGCCUUUUCUCUCCCAUGAAUAGUUAAAUUGAUAGAGACUAUGGUCUGUUUAUGUGGAGACUUACAGUGUAAAAAAAAAAAAAAGGCCAUCAAGGGCCAUUUUAUGCUAUUUUUUUUAACCUUGGCCCUAGAGUUAACUUUUUUAACCUUAACCCCUUCCAGUAGCAGAAAAUCCAUGUGCCAAACUGUUAGUCACCAAGGCUGAAACAAAAUUGCCAGGAACCGUAUAACACCAGGCACUGAUUCCCCACCCCACGUGCACUAAUUCCACCUCCCAUUGCUCCCUCAACUUAUGGUGCACUGACUCUGUCUCCACACUUCAGACGUGGGAAGGACACGAGGGGGAACAGAUAUCAUGAUGCUCCUAGAAGCAGUACCAGGGGAAGGAGAUGAGCAGGUAGGCUGGUGAUCUCUCCUGCCAUCUUCAGGCAGCCCAGGUGGUAAGUGCCAUGAUGGUUAGAACCAAGUGGAUCCCAUCAGGUGAGUAGACCCUCUGGAGAGUGGCAGAAAGGGCACACUGAGCCUGUUGGCAUCAUCAUCGCUGGUGUUUGGAUCAGGACCCAUUGUGUCUCCUGUUGUGUUUUUUACUUUCCUGAUGUGGAGUAUGUCCUCUAACAUUGACAUUGGGUUUAUGUGUGGGGUCAGGCUCACCCACAUGAGUACCAAACUCUAUUUGCCGCUGUUUAGCCUGUGACUGAGGGAAUUAUGAGGGGAUUAUGUUAGUUUGUUGUCACCCCCUAAGGUGUUUGUACUUCCUAAAACAUGUAACACUUCGAGCUCAGUUUUACACUCUGUAGAGGUGGGCAGAAUACAAGACCCACGUCUGAUGCAGCUGUGAGACCAAUAUUGAGCUGAAAUGAAACUGCUUUGACAUUUCAUCAAAAAUGGCUGAUCCUUUUGUUUGUUUUGUUUCUAUAUAAGGGUCAGGUAGAAAAUACUUCAUCUUUCAAGCCAUAUGGUGUCUGUUGUGAACAAAUGGCCAUGCUGUGUUCCAGUAAAACUACCUGUGAGAUUAGAAUUUCAUAUAUGUCAUGUGUCCUGAAAUGUUAUUCUUGUUUUGAUUUUCUUCGUUCAACCAUUUGAAAAUUCAGACAUGUCCUUAGCUUGCAGACCAUAGGAGAACAGACUGCAGGGCUUUGUAGUCACCUGCCCAGGUGGGUGUGUUCCCUUUGAGGUUUCACAUAAAGUUGUCCAGCAUUGUCUGUCCUGGAGGGCAACUUACUUCCCUCCUCAGCCCCAAACUCAAGCAUGGCCUGAGCUCUUCACAUGCCACUGCUGCUGGUGGCCAAAGCUGAGCCUAGGGUUGCGGCUGGGAGGGUUCUGGGUAUUUUUGCCAUAAAAAAUAAAAAGGGCAUAAUGAAAAAGACAAAAAUGGCAUAAUGAAACAUGAAAAAUUAAUGACAAAAUCUUUAAAAGAUUUUAUUGUGGAAAAAUGAAAAUACUAAAAAUAUUUUAAUACAAUUAAAAUGUGUGUAGAUUCAUGGUUAUAGUUGUAUUUGGGUAUAACUUAGAGGAAGUGAUGAUACUUCCUUUCUCAAAGUCAGUCAUUAGGGAUUCAGGAUCUAAUGUCAGUUGUAAGUUCUUUAUGAUAUAAAAUAAUCUGUUGUCUCUUAAGGUUUUUCUGGAAGUAAAAUAACAGAUGAAGGAUGCUAUUUCUUAGCAAUAUAUUUCUUGUGUAUAACUGGUAGUACAUAUCUGGACUACAUUUAAAUGUUCCAUCACAUGUCCAGUUCUUAUAUUUAACCAGAUCAUCUAAGCAAGAUCUGUGCCAAAUGCCAAAAUUCUGGUUACAUCAUGUACUCCGCUAUCAAACAGCAAGAACGUUUCACCAUUUUCAAGAAACUUAUGCUCAUCAGGAAUCACAUAACCAUUUAUUUUUGUGAGGGAUAGGAGGUCCUAGAUUCUUCUUUUCCCUCCGACUUCUAAUAUUGCAUAAGUUUGGUAAAGAAAGCAUUAGAGAACAAGCUGCCAUAUCUAAAUUAGCUAAAGAAGCGAUAAUGCUCUCAAAGACUGCUGUGAAUUAGUUACUUUAUCUUUUAUGGCACAAUUGCCAUACAGCCAAUUAGUUGUGUGACUGAAAUGCUUGCAGCAAAGAUGCUUACAGCAAACAUACCGGUCAUAGGCUGGGAGACCCCUACCACCUUGUUUCUUACUGUGCUCAGCUGUUCAGAGCCUCAAAGCCUGCACUGAUGGCACAAAGUCAGUCCUGUUCCUUUUAAAGGCAGAAACAGGAAACUGUAGAGAGAGGGGAGUGAGAUGGGAAAUGGCAGGUACUGGUUUCCACAAGUGAUCUUCUCUGGAGGCCCCAAAUUAGCACACACACAAAUUUUAGGAGAGAGGAAAAAACAAAAGUCAAUCCUUGAGGGCUUCCCUGGUGGCGCAGUGGUUGAGAGUCCGCCUGCCGAUGCAGGGGACACGGGUUCGUGCGCGGUCUGGGAAGAUCCCACAUGCCGCGGAGCGGCUGGGCCUGUGAGCCAUGGCCGCUGAGCCUGCGCGUCCGGAGCCUGUGCUCUGCAACGGGAGAGGCCACAACAGUGAGAGGCCCGCGUACCGCAAAAAAAAAAAAAAAAAAUCCUUGAGACAUUUUCAAAUAACACAGGAAACUCAACUAUAUGCAGUCAGUUGGGGUGGGGGCUUUGGUUUUGGGUUUGAUGAAAUGGCCUCUUGGAGACACUUGUAUUGAUUGGCGCCUCAACCCUGGCAUGAGACCACACGACAAGCAGGUGCCUCCAAGGCCCCACUGGCCUCACCUGUGAGGAGCCCUCUCCCCUUUCACUGCUCCCAGUUUAAUUAUUAGCUAUGGGUUUGAAUAAAACUUGAAACACUUGCAAAUUGUAAUCAGUUUUCACAUUUGCAACUGAUUUCCACAGCCACAUAAUAUCUCAAGCUUUUGGCACCCAUCUGGAAACUAAGAACAGCAGUGGGUUUGCUCAGGAGGUAAUUUUCCCUGAUUCAUUUUGAAAGUGAAAAGUCACAGGGUUGGUCCUUCAGCUAGGGUGGUCCUGCUUCCCAAAAGGACUGCUCAGUCUCAUCCCUCAGCUUCCUCAGUGAGAAGUAGACUGGCAUGGGCAGAGUGGGGAAGGCAUAGAUUCAGAGACAGCAGGAGCUGCUCGCCAGCCCAGGAGAGCCAUUCAGGGGCCACAUGCAGUGUCCAGGUGAGGAGACCCAGGCUACAGGGGUGGGGAGCUAUGAGCAGGACCAUGGUCAAGGCUGUGUUCUGUGGGCCUGACUCAUGUCCUGCGCUCUCGCUGGUUAGGCAACGAAGUCCAGGCCAUCCCAUCAUGAGUGGCUACUGUCCUGGGGGGCACUGGUGCCGCACUAACUGUCCAACAUGUUCUCCCACCAGGUCUGAAGCAGCACUUGUUCCUCAGAGCCCUCUGGAUUUUACUCUUAUCACCUAUCACAACCUCUGCCCCUUUGUCUCACCCUGGGGAGGCAAGUGUGAGCUAGGGAAUGGGCAACUCACUUCCCCCAUCUAUCCCUUCUGGAGGUCGGAGGGUUAGGGAGAUCUAGGGCAUGUUUCCUAGAAUGAGUAAAGGGCAGGGUGCAGAAACCCAGCUGUACAUGAAGGAGGGUCAGGGCCUCACAGGUGUCCCAGGAUGCCUCUUCCUCCACACUCUUAGGCUGCUUCCACCCAUCAGCAGUGGCUGUUCUGUUCCCACGCCUGGCCCAUGGAGCUGGUGCUGAGAGAUUAAUGAGGCUGGCCGUUUUUUAGAGGCUCAGGGCAGAUGCCUUGGAAAGGGGUGGGAGGUGAGGUGCAGCCAUUGGGCUCCCACACCAUGGAGGGUGAGGAAAAACAGAGAAUGCACAGCCUUGUGAAGUCCCUUGGGUGUAGUUGUUUGGACCUUGCGCUGCAUUUUCCAAUGGAAAUGACGCUCUAGAGGGCAGUCUGUUUCCUAAUGUGAUGGCAGCACUGAGAUGCGCAGCAUGGGAAUGAAGAUGAUAGGGAUGGGUCAGAGGGCAAGGCCAGGGAUCCCAUUCCCAAGUGCCCAGUAAGUGGGUCAUCUGUGAAUCAAACACUCAAGUCUGCUCAUGUGUGCUUGCCUUGCUCUGAGUGCUUACCUUGCUCUGAGUGCUUACAGAAGCUCCCCAGAGGGGAGCUCUGUUUACCUUUCUUAUGGGCAAGGAAACAAACACCUAACUCCCACCCAGGGUCGGCACUCAAGCCUCUGGGGGCUGCUGAGAUCCUGACUGCCCAACAGGAGCAAACCCACAGGAAGGACUGUGGGGAGAAGGGAAAGUGUCCCAGGUCGUGGGUGUGGUCUGGAUGAGCCAGGGUUACUUACAGAUCCAAACCCACCCAUUUAUGCCCCAUCUCAUAGAAAACUGGUUUCUUUUCGGAAGCAGUAGCUGCCUGCUAAACUUUCAGACCACCUUUCUUACCAAUUGGCUUGUUCAUGUAGGACAUUGCCUUGGUGCAGGAGGGUCACAGAGAGGGGUUGAAGCAGUAGCUGGGGAGGCGGUGAGAUGCCCUCUGGGACACUCACUGUCCUGAUCCCUCCAGCUUAACCCCAAAUCAGGAGGUGCCUGAACCUGGAGCCUCACUCGCUCUGUGUGCUUGCUGGAGUGUGCAGUCAUGAGGAAAGACACCAUUGCAUCUUGUUCAAGCCCACUCUGACCUCUGGGUCCUAUGAAGUAAGCACUCUGCCCUCUUGGCAUCAUAAGCUAGCCUGAGGCUGCUCACAGCUCCACCCACUCUUGCUUGCUUAGCUCUCCCUUGUCACACUGCCCAGCACAGGAACAUCAUCAUGGGUGGGGUCUCCGUGUUACUCUGCCCUCAGGGUCCACAGACUUCAGCAUGGGUGGGUUCUCCCCAUCACCCAGCCCUUCACUCUUACCAGACCUUACAGCAUGGAGUAGGGUCUACCCCUCACCUGGCCUGGCUGCAAACUGUACAAAAGAGCAGAUGGAGGUGUAUGAUCUUCCUGGGGCUGCUAUAACAAAAUACCAUGAACUGGGUGUCUUGAAACACCAGAAUUUAAGCUCUCACAAUUCUGGAGGUCAGAAUUCUGAAAUCAAGGUGUCGGCAGGGCCCUGCUCUCCUCAGAGGCUCUAGGGGAGAAUUCUUUCACCUUUCCACUUUCUGAGGCUACGUCUCUCCAUUUCCACUGCAUCUUCGCAUUACCUCUUCCUCUUCUGUGUGUCUGUCUCAAAAUUCCCACUGCCUCUUUCCUAUAAGGACACUUGUCAGUGGAUUUAGCAUCCACCAGGCAAUCCCGCAUGAUCUGCUCAUCUUAAGAUUCUUAACCUAACUGCAUAUGUAGAGACACAUUUUCCAAGUAGGUCAUAUUUACAGGUUCCUGGAAUUAGGAUUGGACAUAUCUUUUGAGGGCAACAGUUCAGCCUAUUAUAGUCUGCCUGCUGUUCCUCCUAAAUUCACAUUCAUCCCACAUACAAAAUACAUUCACUCCAUCCCAACAUCUCCAAAAGUCUCAACCCAUUAUAUAACAGCUCUUCAUCCAAAAUCUCAUCUAAAUAUCAUCAGCUCUGAUCUCAUCAUCUGAAUCAUCUAAAUCCAGUAUUGGUGAGACUCUUGGUAUGGUCCAUCUGGGGCAAAAUUCCUCUCCAUCUCUGAUCUGUGAAACCAGAAAACAAAUUAUCUGCUUCCAAAAUACAGUGGUGGGACAAGCAUGUGAUACAUGACAGACUGUUCCUACUCCAAAAGGUUGGGGGAGGAGAGGGGGAGUAGAAGUUAGGAAGGGUCACCAGAGUUGCUUGUUUCCUGUCUGGCAUGUGAGGAGCUGGGAACUCGCCACUCCAUCUUAACAACAAUUUAAAAACUGAACAGACUGAAAAUGAACAACCCUUCUUGGAUCCAUUAAAGAAGUGAGUUCACAGGGCAAACCUCCUAACUCAUUCUAGGAGGCCAGCAUUUCCUUAAUACAAAAUCAGACAAAGGCAUUACAAGAAAACUACAGACCAAUAUUUCUCAUGACCAUAGAUGCAAAAACCCUCAACAAAAUAUUAGCAAACCAAAUCAACAAUGCAUAAAAUGAUUACACACAAUGACCAAGUGGGAUUUAUCCCAUGUUUGCAAGGCUAGUUUAACAUUCAAAAAACAAUCAAUAUAGUCCAUCACAUCAACAGACUAAAGAAGGAAAAUCACAUGAUCAUAUCAAUAGAUAUAGAAAAAGCAUAUGAUAAAAUCCAAUACUCAUUCAUGAUAAAAACAGCAAACUAGGAACAGAGGGGAGAUUGCUCAACUUCAUAAGGAACGUCUACAAAAAAAUCUACAGCAAAUAUCAUAAUGGUGAAAAACUAGAUGUUUUCCUGCUAGAAUCAGGAACAAGACAAAGGUGUUCCUUCUCACCCUUCCUUUUCAACAUUGUACUGAAAGCUAAUGCAAUAAAAUAAAAAAAAAAGAAAAGUAUACUGAUUGGGAAGGAAAAAAUAAAACUUUAUGCUUGCAGGGAAUAUGAUUGUCUAUGUAGAAAAUCUGAUAGAGUUGACCAAAAAAAACCCAAACAACCUGCUGGAACUAAUAAACCGUUAUAGCAAAUUUGCAGGAUACAAUGUUAAUAUACAAAAGUCACUUUCCUAUAUACUGUUGAUGAACAUGUGUAAUUUGAAAUUAAAAACAAUGUCAUUUGCAUUAGCACCCCUCCAAAUGAAAUACUUAGGUAGAAAUCUAACAAAAUAUGUACAAGAUCUCUAUGAGAAAAACUACAAAAUACUAAUGAAAGAAAUCAAAGAAGAGCUAAAUAGAUAUUCUAUGUUCAUGGAUAGGAAGACUCAAUAUUGUCAAGAUGUCAGUAUUUCCCAACUAGAUCUAUAAAUUCAAUGCAAUUCCAAUCAAAAUCCCAGUAAAUCAUUGUGUGGAUGUCAACAAACUGAUUCUAAAGUUUAUCUGGAGAGGCAAAAGACUCAGAAUAGGUGACUUAAUAUUGAAUGAGAAGAACAGAGUCAGAGCAUAACCUGACUUCAAGACUACUAUAAUGCUAUAGUAAUCAAGACAGUGUGGUAUUGGUGAAAAAAUAGACAAGUGAAACAGAAUAGAGAGCCCAGAAGUAGACUCACAUGAAUAUAGUCAAUGGAUCUUUGAUGAAAGGGCAAAGGCAAUACAAUGGAGCAAAUAUAGUCUUUUCAACAAAUGGUGCUGGAACAACUGGACAUCCACAUGCAAAAAAUAAAAAAUAUGAAUCUAGGCACAUACCUUACAUCCUUCACAAAAAUUAACUCAAAAUGGAUCAUAGGCCUAAAUGUAAAACAUGAAACUAUACCUAGAAGAUAACAGGAGAAAACCUAGAUGACCUUGGGUAUAGUGUUGCCUUUUAGAUACAACACCAAAGUCAUGAUCCAUGGAAGAAAUAACUGAUAAGUUGGACUUCAUUAAAAUUUAAAUUGUCUGCUCUGUGAAAGAUAACUGUCAAGAGAAUGACAAGUCAAGCCACAGAAUGGGAGAAAAUAUUUGCAAAAGACAUACCUGAUAUCCAAAGGACUGAAUGAACAAACUGUGGAGCAUCUAGACAAUGGAAUGUUAGCACUAAAAAGAAAUGAGCUAUUGAGUCAUGAAAAGACAUGGAAGACCCUUAAAUGUGUAUUACUAAGUGAAAGAAAACAAUAUGAGAAGGCUACAUACUAUACGAUUCCAACAAUAUGAUGUUCUGGAAAAGUCAAGACUGUGGAGACAGUAAGAAGACCAAUGGUUUCCAGGGAUUUCAGGGAGAAAGGGAUGGAUAGGCAGAGCACAGAGGGUUUUUAGGGCAGUGAAACUACUCUGUAUGAUACAAACAUAAUAAUGGUUAUAUUUGUCAAAACCCAUAGAAUAUAACACCAAGAGUGAACCCUAAUGUAAACUAUGGUCUUUGGGUGAUAAUGAUGUGUCAGUGUAAGCUUAUCGAUUAUAACAUAUGUACCCUUCUGUUGUGGGAUUUUGGUAGUGGGAGACACUCUGUGUAUGUAGGGACAGGGAGUACCAUCUCUAUACCUUGCACUCAAUUUUGCUGCAUAAAUCUGCUCUAAGAAAGAAAGACUACUUAAAAAAAAAAAAACAGGGAAAGGAGGGAAGGAGAGGGGGAGGUAAAGGAAGGAAUGAAAGCAGUCUCCAGUCCCAAGCAAUACUAAAAUCCAGCAAAGUCCUUUCAGUUUCAAGACCUGAGAAUAAUCCUCUGUGAUUCAAGGCUUUGCCCUCUGGGCCCAACUCCAUUCUUGGAGUCAUUCUUCCUUUUUCUUGAAGGAUAGAACAUGUCAACAGCUCAGUAUUUCUAUCAGCCUGUUUGCUGCCUGUAGAAUUUCAGAAGUCCAACAGCCCUUUUUUCGCUCCAUCCCUUUCAGUUUAAGCUGUCAGUGUUUCUGCUGAUUAACAUUCUCAAAAAACUUGUGGGUUGCCUGUGUUUGUCAUGGGGAUCCACACCACAGACAAGAAGAUCCUCCAUAGAUCCUUCCUGGGUAACACCAUCUCUAUUCCUGGCUUCUGCUGAGAUGGUUGAGUGCAUCCAUGAGGUCACACCCUUAAUCUCUUCAGCCACACUGUUGGCUUUCUCACCAGUGCACACUUUCCCAACCAUGAAUCUCCUAAUUUUAGCCUCUUUUGCUAUCUGAACAGGCUGAGAAUUUCCCAAACCAUCAGGUGCUCAUCAUUUCUGUUAGUUCCUUCCUCAAUUUAUCUCUUCCCUCUAAAAUGUUACUAUAAACAGCCAGGAGGUACCAGGCUACACCUUCAAAACUUUGCUUAGAAAUCUAUCUCUUCAUGUUCAUUUACAAGUUGUGCUUUCCACCCAACAGUAGAAUACAGUUCAGCUGAGUUCUCUGCCACUUUAUAAUAAGUUUCCUCCAGUUUCCAAUAACAUGUUACUCAUUUCCUUCUGAGCACUCACUGGCAGAGUUUUUAACAUCCAUAUUUCUACUAAUAGUCUAUUCAAGGCAGUUUAGGCUUUUUCUAUCACGUGUCUCAAAACUUUUCAAGGCAUUACCUAAUUCUAAAGCCACUUCCUUAUUUUUAGGUAUUUGUUGCAGUGGCACCCCACUCCUGGGUAAUAGAAUCUGUAUUUGUUUCCCGGGACCAUAACAAAGUGUUACGAACUGGGUGGCUUGAAACAACAGAAAGUUACUCUCAUAGUUUCGGAGGCCAGAAUUCUGAAAUCAGGGUGUUGGCUGGGCUGCGUCCUCAUCUGGGCUCAUCUGGGGCUCCAAGCUCAUCCAGGUUGUUGGCAGAAUUCAGCUCCUUGCAGCAGUGAGACUGAGGUCCUCAUUUCCUUUCUGGCUGUCAGCUGGGCCACUCUGAGCCCUUGGAGGUCACCCAUGUUCCUUGCCACAUGGCCCCUCCAUCUUCACACUAGCAGCAGAGGCCAAAUCCUUCUCAUGCUGUGAGCCUAGGACUCUCCCUUUGCAACCAGCUGGAGAAAACUACUUUUAAAGGAAGUCAUGUGAUUAGGUCAGGCCCACCUGGAUACCUUCCUAUCUUAAGGUCCACUGAUCUGGGACUUUGAUUCUAUAUAUCUGCAAAAUCCCUUUGCAACAGCACCUUAUUAGUGUUUGAUCAAAUAACUGGGAGAGGCUGUGUGUACACCAGGGCAGGAAUUUUGAGGGUAUCUUAGGAUCUGCCCCUCUCUGUUUCCAGUAUCCAGGAAAGCUGUGGCCCGGCCCUCAUUCCUCACCCACAAGGAGUAGACGCAUCGACCCACAGUGCUGGCUCUCCUUGCUGACUGUAGGACUUCACUAAGUUACCUCCCACCUUUGAAGAUUCAUUUCUGCACCUAUAACAGGUGUAUUCUGAAGAUCCACUGUCACAACCAGGCAGAGCCCCUGGCCCAGGCUUACUUCCUCUCUGCUUCUCUGUGAGACGCCCCCACCCCUGACGGCUGUGAGAUGUCCUCACACUGGCUUCAGGAGCUAGGAGAGAGUGAAGAAAGGGCUUUAUGAAGCCACUCCUGUUCCAGGAGGCUGUUAGUGCCGUGGGCCUGGGAGAAGUCCCCUUCCUCUCCUUCACGCGUUUGAGGAGACGGAAGGAGCACAAUGAAGCCAAUCAUGAGGGCUGCAGCUGUGGGGAAGAAACCCCCUCACCCUCUUGGCCUGGAGGGCGACGUGACCAGGUGCCUUUGUCGUCUCAAAAGGAACCUCUUGCUAUGGUUCUAGCAGGCUGUUUUCAGGGUGACAGCCAGACCAGAACCUGCAGCGGGCCAGGGAGGUACAGCUGGGGACUUCCAAUGAAAAUGGCCAGCUGGACACCAGCCCCAUCCACAGAAAUGUUCCUAUUUGUUCCACAUGUUCGGCAUGUUUUUAGUUUAAUGGUUUCUAUUGUGGUGCACAGUGUUUCCAGCAAUAAAGUCAGGACAGACAGGAGGUAACUGUGGGCCCAGGAUCCCCAUAUAGCGAGUAGGGCACUGCCCAGUUGCCAGUGACCAGGGGUGUGAGUAAGGGUCUGAGAGGGGACAUCGUGGUUUGCUGCUGUUUGUGGGUACAGCUCACACCAAGAGAAGGGCAGUGCAAAGGGAGAGCAGGAAGAGAUGCAGGCCUGAGGGGUGAGGCCUCUACGGAGCUCACUCUGCUCCAUGUGGGGUCCCUCAGCGCUCUGCGUGCUGUGGAUGGAUUGGCGAGACAGUGUUUCUGAUGGGAAACUGGCUCUGCCUGAUUGGAGAGCAAGUCCAGAGCCCCCUGCCCUCUGGGGCUUGAACCUUGUCUGUUUGAAAGCGGGAUCCCCUUGAAUUUAGUUCCUUCCCACAGCAUUUCAGUGCAGUAGACAUCAAGCAUUUCUGACAGUCAUCGAGCACAGGUGGUGAGCUCCUAUCACUGGAGGUGUUCCAGGAACCAGGGCACUCUCGAACAGUGACUGUACUUCUUUUGGAGAAACUGCCACAGGGACCUGUCCAUCAUGUAACAUCAUGUAAUGCUGUGGUUCAAAAACCCGCCUUCCUACCUGCUUGUUACAAGAGGGUCACUAACUCAAAUUGCUCGUGUUUGGGCCUGAGACAAGUCUGGCCCUCCUGGUCAGCACUGAGAUCAGCACUUUGUUCAACACCCUCAACAAACACCCCUCAGCUUCUGGGAGGGAAGAGAGGCAGUCCCUGCCUUGGAAGGGCUCAGCAUCCAUGGAGAGAGGGGCCGAGGCCCAAAGUGGGGCAGGGAUCUUCUGAUAGCACCCAGGGCACUAGGAGGCUCCCUCUGAUUGAAACAGAAUGGGGAGAACUAGCCAGGGCGUCUGAAGUUCUGGGUGAAGUUCUCAGUGCUGUUGACAGAUCUUGUGAUGAAUUGACUGACUGCACGGAACAGAGCUCACCUGUCCAGUGCCUGGGAACCUUUCUGGAAAUUGCCAUGGAGUGAUUCUCUGGGAGACAGAGAUGCAGAUUCUCCAGAUGGCAGCCCCUUGGGACUACCGUCUUCGCUCUCCUCUUUGCACCAGGGCUGCAGGAACCCCGUGGGGAGGGACCCACCUGUAGGAGGGUGCUUGGCAGAGGAAGCAGAGACAAGGCCCCAGUCUGUGCUCUCUGGCUUUGGCCCCCACUCCCCCUGGGGAGAUAGGGCAGGUGGCUGCAGCAUGCUGGCAUUCAGGGUGAGCCCUAAGCAGGCCCAGAGGUGAUACUGGAGCCCCCAUUAGGGUCUAGGUGCAUCACCUAUACCCACGUGCAGCUGGGUUCCUCCACCCUUCCAGUGGGGCCUGCCAGGGGUCAAGUGGGCACAUUUAUACCCAUAAGGGCAUUCCUGGCACACAGUUGGCAUCAAACCCCAUUUAGGGUCAUGGCUACAUGAAGUCCAGUUGGAUGGCAUAGGGGAGGGCUCCUGAUGUGUAUGCCGCUGGGAAAAGCUAUUUUUAUUGCCCUAAACCUCAGCCUCCAGCUUGGGUGUGUCUCUGAGCAGGGGAGUGGUGAGCAUGGGUGGUGGGAGUGAGGAAGCAGAAAGCAGAGGGCCUGGGCAGCGUCCUGGGGAGAGGGAGGGGUGGGCGUUCCUAAGGCCCCUUCCUGUAAAGAAGAAGGCCCCAUUGCUUGGGACAAGCACAGUCCUGCAGGAGGGUGUCGGCGGUCCCUGUGGAAGGACUCCACACUUGGCAUCCGCCUCUGACCAGUCUCUUAUUUUAGAAAGAGGGCCGGACAUUUUGUGCAUUUGUAUGACUGAAGUUGCUGUGUGCUUGGCAUGACUAAAUCGCAGACUCUCACCAAAAGCAGAUGUUUAUCUCCAGAUGCCAUCCCAGCGAGCACAUGGCCUGAAUAAAUAAAUAAAUUACUCUGCAAUUUCAGAAGUAAAGCAUGCCUGUCAGUAUUGGCUUUCAGUAAUUUUCAAGGGAGAAAGUUCCAAAACAAAAGUCUGCUUGGAUUUGGAAAUGAUACCUCCUUCAAAGCUUAAUUCUUUCCUUAUGUUCAGAGUCUGAUAAAAAUGAGAUACAGAUUGAGGCCUAUUUUAAUACAGUCCUGCUAUCUGUACAGUGCUAAAGGAUCAAGAUAAAAUUUUGUGCAGGAAGUAUUUUGCUCAUUCAUUUGUUGAGCACACUCACCUCUGAGUGUGGGCUUGCCUGGACCCCUGCUUCAGGACCCCUGGGAAGAUGUGAGAGUGAGCUUAUAGCCACAGCGAGGCAGAAGUGGGCUGGGCAAUGGUCAGAUGGCAGGGAAUUUGGACACGGGCAGGGGGAGGGCAUCCAAGUGGAGGGGACAGGCGAUGGAAGGGGCAGGGUGCAGCUGGUGCAGAGCUCAGGUGGCAUCUCCCAGCAGCUGGAAUCUGGGGUGUAUGGAAGGUGGGAAGGGGUGGACUGUGAUGAGCUGCUUGUCUUUGGUAAAGCGUCAGGGUGGGGGGAGCAAAGGACCCACACCCUCCAGGCACCAAGCCUAGAGAGGGAGACGGUGAAACCCUGAUGGGUGUUCUGAAAACAGUAACUGAGCUGAUACAGUGGUACCUGCACACACCGUGGAGCCUUCCGUGCAAGUGUUUCUGCACGUAGGCUGCCCUCAGCUUGGGCAGACAUCAGCAGACCACGGGAGGCUCCCUGCUCCUUGAUGAGCGUCCCACCUGUUUUUUUUAAAACUUUUAAUUUUACAUUGGAGUAUCGCCGAUUAACAGCGUUGUGAUAGUUUCAGGUGCACAGCCAGGCAGCUCAGCCAUAUGUAUACAUGUAUCCAUUCUCCCCCAAACUCCCCUCCCAUCCAGGCUGCUACAUAACAUUGAGCAGAGUUUCCUGUGCUGUACGAUAGAUCCUUAGGAUCUCACUUUCUGACCAGACCCCUGGCCUCCUCAAUCCCUAACCUUCAGCUCCUCAGGCCUUGGUCACCAGGGUUUGCACAGGAUACUAACCAGGAGCCCUGCCCAGGGCCGGCCUCUCUCCCUCCCGAUUCCAGAGCUGGGUUUGGUCAGGGGAUGCAUGCCUGGGGUGUCCAAGGGUGCAGCAGGAACAGCCUUGUGGGGUGGAAGAGAGAGGGCUAGCCUGGCUCUAGGGCAGAGGAGCCAGUGGGAGAGAGUAUUCUGCCUUGUAGCCCACCAGGCUUCCUUGGUGCUGUUGCUGUCAGUGUUCCUGAGCCUGGGUGAAGACACAUCACGGGACAAUGGUGUGUGUACGUGAGUGUGUGUGUGUGUGUGUGUGUGUGUGUGUAUUGGGUGUGGGGUCAGGUGUGUGUGAUGGAGGGUAUGUGGGUGGAUUUAGAGGUGUGUGUGUAUGGGUAUGUGUGUAGGUUUCAGUGUGCAUGAGUGUGUAUGUGCAUGGGUGUGUGUAUAUGUGUGUGCGCAUGUGAUUUUAGGAUUUGUGUGAGUGUGUGGAUGUGAAUGAACGUGUGCAUGAGUAUGUAUAUGGAUUUGGGUGUGGGACCUAUGUGCACGUGAAGGGGUUGGGGUGUGAGUGUGUGUGCAUGGGUGUGUGAGAGGAUCUGGGUGGGUUGGGAGCCUGGACCAGGGUGCCCUGUGGCAGGACAAGGAAUUCUGCUUCCUAAUAGCCGAGGUCAGCCAUGUUCUGUUCUGUCGUCGGGCAGUAGCUGCCAAAGAAGCUGUGCAGCCCUGGGCAAGGGUGGAUCUGAGGCUGUCUGCUCCAGACUUUCCCCUCUACCACCCACAGUACGUUAGUUGCAACAUCUGAAGUAGGAAAUGUGAGUAUUCUCAGCCACGGCGGUUGAGGGAAUGGCGCUCGUUUGGGUGGUGUGCCAAAGAUACUUAGCAGCCACUACUGUCAGCUGCACAUUGGUGUCCCUUAGGGAGAUGGAAACCUGUGUCUGGGGCAGAAGUGUUGUCGUCUCAGAGGGACUUGAGUUUGGUCUCCACGUGUGUGGUCAACCCUUGCUCCUUGCCCACUCCAGAUCCAGCGUGUGAUACCUGUGCUCUGUGUGGGCUCUGGCUUCCCAUCCAGGUGUGUGGUCCUUCCAGCUGAUGUUGAAGCCUUCCUAUUGGUGACAGCCAGGUUGUACUGGCACUAGUUUUUCAUACUCUGUGCACUCCCCAUGCAACAGUUAACUAGUACCACCUCAGCACAGAGCAUAGCAGUCCUUGGACUACAUCACUCCAUCUGAGUGGCCCACCAGAGUGAGUCACAGGUCACAGGACCCAGUAACUAUGGAAGACCAGCAAUCUGUGCCCUAUCCAGUGGACACCAAACAGUACUGCUUUCAUCAAGUUUUGGGGCCACCAUACGAACUUUUUACUCUUCUCCCAGUCUUCUGCUUCAGUCACAGACCCUGGACCUUUCACACCCCAGGGAGGAGUUUCCCAGGAUGUGGGACUUUGGCAUGAACACUAGGAUGUCACUUCCCUGUCCUGGGACCUGAGGAACCCUAGUGAAUGCAGGGUCCACAUGGUCCCUCUGAAAAGGCACAGCGGUAAAGAAAUUCAUUAGCCAAAGUGGCUUCACAGCGCUAAAACCUCCCACCUGUGUUUCUCAAAUAAGCAAGGCACACACAUCCUUUGUGGGGGCAUACUACACUAGUUUCCUGUGCUCUCCCAUCUCCACCUCCACUGCUUCCUCCCUCCAUGUGAGAGGGACCCCAUGUUCAUCAGAGCACUCCAAGGACUAGCUGGGAAGGGCACAGGAUGUGCACAGCCACGGGGCUCCCUUCGGCCCAUCUGCUGCUGGCAUUGAGUGGCCCAACGCCCCACCGGACACCAAGGUCCCUGUUCUUAAUGCACCACCCAGGGAAACUUGGGUCGAGCUCUGGACUCUGGGAAGGCUGAGGAAGCUGGGUCAGACAUAGAAUUUCUCUUGGAAGGACAGGAGUUGUGGCACCCCAAGUUCUCUGCAGACCAGCAGAGAAUGGUAUCACCAUCUUCCCUGGUAUCACCCCACCCUCCUUCCCCCCUGGGCGGGGUGCCACUCCUAGCUGGCCAGGCUUUGGCUCCUGGCCAGCUGAGAGCCAAGGAUGGGAGAAGGAAAUGUGCAUGAGACAGCUACGCCAGCUCACCUAGGCCCAGGCUCCAGACAGGGAUGGUGACCCCCGCGGGUGGGCCCACACCCAGCUCCUCACUCCAAGGGGAAGUAGGACCCUCAUGGCCUCAUCUCUUGGACCCCAUCCUCCCUGAGUGCUGUCAGUUCCUCCCCAGUUGCUGUUGGUCCCACUCCCCACUGCAGUGUACGCAGUGCCUUGUUACAGCCAAAGGAAGCCUUUGGGCCAACUUUCCACUGAGGAAAGGGAGGCUGCUGUCCAACCUCCCUUCCUAAGCCUGGCUCAUCUUCUCCUUGAGUGACGGACGAUACUGCACAGAGCUCAAGGAGAGGCAGCUGAGGAGGGUUUAGGAGGAAGAGAGGCUCCUGGUUUAAUCUCCACCCCCUGACAAAGGGAAGGGAAGCUGAGGCUCUGCAGAAGGAGAGUGGACCAUCCCCUAGGCAGCUCAGGGCCCCGCUGUGGUGAGAGCCAAAAACAGUAUUACCCUGAGAAGGAGCAUAGGGCAGACAACCUCUGAGUCCACCCUCUGGGCCAAACCGUCCUGCCCGGGAGGUCAGGUGUUUCUCCCCAGUUCUAGUCCUGUAUUUUCAGGUCUUCACUGAAAGAGGCCAAAUGAGUUUCAAAAAUUUUAAGGAAAUCAAAAUUAAAAAGUAGAAAAAUUCACAAAUACAGAAUCUGCAAAUAAUGAGGGUCAACUAAUUAAUGGUUUGUGUUUACUUUCUCUCAGAAAGGAUCAUGCUGGCUUAAAAUAAAAACAUGUAUAUGGAAUGCUUAAAACUGGAAAAAAACUUAGGAAACUCUGGCUUGUGGAGGAGGAAACAAACCAGGAUACUGGGUGGAGUCACCUCGGGAGGCUAGGCCAAGGCCAAACGGGCAUGUAAAUACCUACUUUUGUCAUAUCUCUGGAUGAAUGUGGGCAAGCUGAAGAGUUCACGGCAGAAAUAGGUUUUUCCCACAUGCCACCUUCCAUGCAGAGCCGUCUGGGGUCCUUCUUUAAGGUACUAACUGCAUGCUGCAGUUCUGGAACCCUCCUGGUUCUUCCGUGACCCACAGACAUUGGAACUAAAUGUCUGCAUAGAUUAGGGAUGGCUCCAGCGUCCUUGCAAGUGUUGGGUGCGUCUUACUGACUUUUCUAAUUUAUGAUUAAAAAUGCAAGCAUCUGUGUGGAGCUUUGCAACACAAGUUUGCCUUCCCUGAGCUUCUGGAUCAGUGUCUUGACAUUGCAAGGCAAACUUAAAAACAAAACAUUACAUUUCCUGUAAAACCAACAAAAUAAAUUGUAGCUGAGACUGACCAUAAAACAGCCUCUUCCUUGACUACCGUGGUAAAAGUCACAGUUUAAACACAUAGUAGUAAGUGUAUCAUUAGACUGAUUUGAAAUCAAGCUUUAAAUCCAUGAUCUUCUCUCUGGGAUUGUUCUUCAAUUGCAAUUCUCAUCUUAUUUAUGGAUUGACCAUUAAACAUUAAUUCCUAUGAUAAUAACUGGUCCUGAAGAACUGUUUGCAGUAGUAACUGUGCAGACACAUUUUCACCAGGUGCCCUGCAGGGUGGGAGCCUGUGCACCUCCCCUCCAGACUGAUGGUUGCUUUUUAGUACACCUUGUGGUGAUAUUCUCAAAACUAUUUUAGCAGAUAUUCUUUGUGAGAGGAAAGAAGAGGGGAAAUUUAUGCUGGAAAAAUAGUUGUCUUCCCUAGUUACUUUUUAAUCUACAUAAGGAAAAGGAGGUUGUUUUCAGGUAAAACUCUGACUUGCAGACACAGCUAGAGUGUUUGACUCUGGAAGCCCAGGCUCCAAGGGCCAUCAGAAGAACUCUCUGGCCACGCAUGCCCUGAGGAGCAAUGCCAACCAUGAGCUGCUGUCAAGUUUCAUGUCUUCCUAUGAUGUCAGGUACAUUUGUAAUGUUAUGCAAUGUUUCUAUACAUUCAAGAUUUUGUCACACAAACUUCUUUCCCAUGGAACUGGGCCCAGAAGGAGGAGGUUGUAUCUCCAUCACCUUUGGCGGCCACUCCAUGGAAGCAAGCCUUCCAUCACAUGGGCUCCUGGAGCCAUGUGCUAAUCCACUAAAACCAAUGUGGGGGAGCUGUUCUGGGACUUCAUCCCCCACCAACUCAGAGGUAAUUAUGCAGUUAUUUAUUCAUAUGUCCCUGUGUGUGCGCACACAGAGGCAUACACACACACAGACACAUAUGUGCAGACAGACUCAGGCACAUGAUGCUCAUGGAGACACACAGGCAUGAGGAGACCUGCAGUCCCACACAGAAACAUGCAGACACACAGACACAUGGAAACGUGCAGGCACAUGCAGACAGGCACACACACAGCAUAUACUCAAUGUACCUUGUUCCAAAAGUUUUUAGAGCAGCUUCUAAAGGAUGCAUAAAAUAUCUCAGAAAAUAGAUUAGUUACAAGAAAGGAAAUUUGGAAAAAGGAUAGUGACUUCAGAUGGAGGUAGGAAUAAAAGCUAACAGAAAGCAUAACAAUGCUGAUGCAGUGACAGCUAGCUCUCCUACAUCACUCACCAUGCACCUGGGCUGAGGCAUGUGGGAUUAUCCUGCAUCUCCCAGGUGAGAAGCUGCAUGUCCAGCCACCUCUUCUGGCAUCCUUUGAUGGUGUCGUCAUGUGAAGCACAGAACCAUCCAGCAGGAGCCCCUCUGAGCCACGUUUGUGACCAGCGCCAGGCAAUGCCUCGCACAGGUCGGUGCCUCUUGGUGACAGAACGGGAGUCCCUCCUGAGAUCUCUGUGUGUGUGCUCUGCUCCCGCAGCCUGUGUCUGGCCUCUCUCAUGCCCCAGAUGAAGGCUGUGGCUUUGGCAUUUACAAAGGCCAUUGCUGGAGCCUUGUGGGCUGUUCUCUUGGGCCCAAAUAUGGUUUGGAGUCAGAGAAGAUAUUUUAAGGAGGAGUGGGGGGGCUCCUGUUUGGACAACCCCUGUGUCAUCAUCUCUGUCCUUUUUGUUCAGAGGAAUGAUUGGCAGCCAAGAGACCUGUCCCAGCUGUACGGCCAUGUGGUCCCAGGCAUUUCCUUCCCUCUCCAGGCCCUUCCAGCUUGGCCACCUGGUCAGUAAGGGCCUGCUGCUUCUUGGGCCCUUUAUUUAUUUAUUUUUUGAGGCAAGGAAUACGACUUUAUUCGGAAAGCUGGUAGAUCAAGAAAUGGCAGACUAGUGUCUCUGAAAAACCAUCUUCGGGCCCUUUAAAUGAGCUUGUUUUUCUGGUAAGACUAGACUCUGCACUCACAUGAUGGGAAUAGAAACCACAGGCGGGACCUCAGAACAGAACAGGUGCAAAUUCUCAACUGAUAGAUACCAUCUGGCAGCCUGGAAAAGCUAGAGUGGAAGAGAAGCAAAAACUCAGGUAAAACCCCACCAAGUGAACAGGAGCCUCAUGGGGCAGGUGCAUGGUCAGGAUCCUGCCAGAGUCUUUGUAGCACUCAUACUGUCUGAAGCUCUCCUGUGUGUUUAAAUCCUUAUGUGUCCCCACACAACAACUGUGGUGUAAGACCCAUAAGACCUGGGACUUUAUCCAAAAUUAGUGAUGAGUUGGAGGUUCCAUCUCAGGUGCACAUCGGGCCUCAUUGGCAGCCUGAGUGAGGUGGAGCAGCCCAGGCGAAGUAGAGCAGGUAUUGAGACAGAGGCCUCAAGAGAGGAGAAGGUCCAAGGCCUGCACAUGUGUACUUCACUCUCUGAGCAACAGCAUGCUGGAGUUGAGUCACAGCUAUAGCCCCCCAGGGGACAGUUUGAAGGGUGCUCAGCUGUCAUACUUGGUUGUUUCUGUCCAAGCCUCAUCAACCAUGCAGUUUCCUUUAAUGAGGACAGGAGCACAUCGUGUACAUCUUUCCCAUCCUCCCCAGUGGUCCCCGGUGGCUUUAAUCUAGCUGAUUAUGGUCUCUGUUACAACUAGGUACUUAACUCUGCCAUUGUAGAGUAGAAGCAGCCAGCGACAAUAUAGAAACAAAGGGGUGUGGCUGUUCCAAUAAAACUUCAUUUAUGAAACAGGUGGCAGUCAGACUUGGCCCAAGGGCCAUAGUUUACCAACCCGUCCUAGAUCAUCUCAUCAGUUUACACUCACGCUCUAAGACCAUCUUAAAACAGACACCCUCCCCACAUCCCUGCAGUCCUCUCCACUUACUGCUCCUCCAAGAGACUCCAAAUGCUUCCCUGUGCUUGCCCCCAGCCACCAGCUGGGAAUCUCCCCCUCCAGACAGGCUCCUGUCUCCGCCACUCAUUGAUACUUAACAUCUACCUGUGAGGUGCUUGGAGGGUACCACCUAUGAAUUCUAUCUGUGAUGUCCUGGGAGGGGACUGAGCAAUGGGAUACAGGGUGGCCUCACCACUGUAGAGAGGCCCACAGUGAGUGGGAGCUCCAUGCACACUCACAGUCAGGUUUUUUGGAGUGAGGAAAGGGAGACCUGGAGUCUCCUGACCAGAGUGGGACUCUGGGUGCUGACCAAGGGAUGGUCUGAUUCACAAACCAUGCAGCCCUGGAUGCCCAUGGAUUGUUGACGAACUGUUGAGAUGUAACGGGGUUUGCAGGGGGUGGCAGAGGGGCCUUGGCUCAGGAGGACAUGCUGGAACUUCCCUAGUCAGAGACAGCAGGGGAGGCCAGGCCCAGGGUCCAGGAAGCCGCUCUGAAUCCCAGUUCCUCUUGGCAGAAUCUAGACUCAGGUCCCCAGAUGCUGGAGAGACACUCGGUGGGCUCUGUGGGGCAAAGCAGUAGGGGUGGGAUGUCUGGGCUGCAGUCUGGAGGAGAGAGGGAAGGGACCAGCUCCUGGCCUGUCCCUCAAGGCUGCCUCUGACCCAUGUGAUGGACCGGAAACGUAAUUUAGAAAAUCCUCAUGGCAUCACCGGAACUAGACUGGCCUGCUGCUUCCAGGAAGGGUGGAACCGCCCUCUUGUUCCCUGGGGUGGGCCAGGACCAGUGGGGCCACCAAGAUGACUCACAGGAGGGCCAAAGGCCCACAGCCAAUCCCAGCCUUGAGUUUCUGGUGUCUUAGGCCCACAGGUAUAUGCUCUCUCCUGGGCAAUCAGGCCUGGGCUCUGCAGUCAGGGUUUUCCUUGUGCUUAGGCAACCCCUGGGUUGGCUGGGACUGACGUACACAUCACCUCCUUUAACCUGCCCCCUAUUGCCCUUGGAGGGGUCCCUAUAUCCCAGGCUGGCUGCACUCUCUGAGUAGGGAUGGACCUCCUGAAUGAACGAGAGGGUGAUGCAUGAAAGAGAGCUGUACAGGCAGGAGAGAGGCCCGAACUUGCCCUGGGUGGCUAAGAGCUGGGAUCUCCCAGGUACCCCCAGCAUCUGGUCCUCAGGCCAAGCGGGUCUUGCAGCCCCAGCUUGGCCACCAUGUCCCACCCAGGCCCCGCCCUGCUCUUGCCUGGGCUCCCCACCCCAAGGACGCUAAGCUCAUCAGUCCCCUCCUGGCCCUGCCCCAACUCCCCAGAGACCCCUUCCAGGCAGGGGCUUUACCUCUCUCUGCCAGCAGUUCCCGGCACCCUGCUCCUGCUCUCUCCUGCUGCACAAGCUUGGCCAAGACCCCAGCUUACCGGGAUAGUAUAGUUCCUUCUCUCAGAGCUCAGCACAGGCUGUUCCUCCACAUAGCACCCUGGCCCGCUGGACCCCAGAGCGUCAUCCCUCAGAAGGGCUAAAAGAGGUGGGCUGCUGCCCAGGGUCUCACCCACUGCUGCUGCCUCUGGCCCUGCAUUGUCUCCUGAAAGUUUUGGAAAGUCCUGAAUGGUGAAAUACUCAGAAUAUCUGAUUUCACACAUACUCGACAGACUUCAAGAACAGGAGUGGGGCUUCCCUGGUGGCGCAGUGGUUGAGAAUCUGCCUGCCAAUGCAGGGGACAUGGGUUCAAGCCCUGGUCUGGGAAGAUCCCACAUGCCGCGGAGAAACUAGGCCCGUGAACCACAACUACUGAGCCUGCGCAUCUGGAGCCUGUGCUCUGCAACAAGAGGGGCCGCGAUAGUGAGGGGCCCGCGCACCGCGAUGAAGAGUGGCCCCCGCUCGCUGCAACUAGAGAAAGCCCUCGCACAGAAACGAAGACCCAACACAGCCAUAAAUAAAUAAAUAAAUAAACAAUAAAAAUGAAGGAAUUCCUUAAAAAAAAAAAGGAGUGGCUGGGAUCUCUGCUUCCUUCUCUGGAGUUAGCCUGUCUUAACAUCCGGAGUGUGGGCUUCUUGAGGGCCGUGUUGGUUUUCUGGGUGUCCUCCCCUCAGAGAGCCAGUUGAAGGAGGAGCCUCAGCUGUAGCACCCAGCACAUCAGUGGAGUUGCUGGGUCACCGAGGGAAGGGGCUUCACGGAUGCAGCUGAGUUGGGCAGGGGAAGGGGUGACACCCUCCAGCACCUGAGGCUCACUCCUUCAGGGUCUGUAGGGCUCUGACCCCUCCCUGCCUCACCUGGGUUUCAAGGUACAAAUACAAAUUCCUGAGCCCCACAACAGGCCAGGACCAGAACCCUAGGGAGCCCAGAGAUCUGCAUUUGUAGCCUAAUGACUCUGAAGCCUGUGGCGUGUGAACCCCUUUCUCCAGAAGCGAUAGUACCCAGUUAGUAAGACCCCUCCCCUGAAAAAAGUCUGACGGAAGUACUCCUUGUUCCACAUGACCCACACAGCCAGGGAGUGGUCACCCAUCAUGGCAGUGUGCCCUGGCCGUGGGCUCCAUGACUGGGGUUAGGGUAGAGUAGGCUAGAGGACUCACCUGUGGUAGGGUCUGGAGGGUGUGGCCCAGGGCCUGGGGGUGCAGUAGAGGGGCCAAGGGAGACUGCUGAGAAGGCCGCAGGGUGGCCAGGGCCCUGGGAGGGGAGGGAGCCUCAGUGUGGACACCUCUGAGCUUUCCCUGAGGGGUGGCCCAGAGGCACUAAGACAGGUAUCACUGAACUUGUAUGGACCAGCUGGCCUGCCUGUGGUGGGAGAUGGCUCCCUGCAGGCCCAGGGUGGGCUAUGAUGCUAGGUACAUGGGCCAGCGGCUUCCAAGUCCUGGGCCCCACCCUCAGGCAGCAGUCUGGUGUCCACUGGGGGAAGCCAACACUACAGGCAUGUUUGCUGACCCCCCAUGGCCAUCUACCCUAGGCAGGUGUGGCUUGGCCCUGUCUGACUCUCCUUUUCCUUGCCUGUCUUGAGUCAGCACAGGGGCCUGGGGUGCAGAGGUGUUGAUGAGGCUAAGGUGCUAUGGGAGAGGUCCCACCUUUCCUGGGACUCCCCAGUCCACACUGAGCGGGCUAUCAACAGUCUCUGAGAAGACACCACUGGUGGUCCCCUCAUCCCUACAGGACAGAGUCUCUGCUCCUGUCCUACUGCACUCUCUCUCUGUGCACCAUGUCCUGGUCACCCCCAACUACCCCACCUACCCUUAUACUUUUUAUUGAGGUGAAAUUUGCAUAACAUGCAAGUAACCAUUUUUAAGUAACCUUUUUUUUUU